CAGGUCCUAGCCAGCUUCAGGCUAGGCCGGCAAGACUCUCAUACAAGACUGCAAAGGCCUCGGAAACAAGGAUCCUCCCUAACACGGCGUGCCUUCCUCCGUUUCAACGGGGAGCUUCGCGAUGAAUGGUCGUAACAGCAUGAUUCAAAUGCGCCUGCUGAGUGUAAGAAUGCUAGUGUUUCGAAGAAUCUGGAUCGAAAUGGUCAUUUUCGCCGGGCUGCGUCGAGGGCGCUGCAACACAACAAGUUUCCAUGAUACCAUAAUAGAACUUGCCGCAACAAGAUAAACUGGUGCUCAUAGGGAAGCUGAUACUAAGGAGGCGAGGCUCAUGCGUUAACUCGAGAGCCAACACCUGGGCUCGGUCAGCAGCGCGGUAAGCGCUUGAGAUGACAUCCCGCCAUCGGAAGACAUGGCGUCAUAAAGUCGCGGAGUGGCUUCAGAACAAGAGGAGCGAGCUUAAGGUGACAAACCCGCCCCUUUCUCAAGGAUGCUCCCGGACGCUGCUUGUGUUCUGUAAUAAUGUGCUGCUUGUAUAUGCAGGCUCUGGGACAACUGUUAAAACGAUGGCCAUCAACACUUAUUUGGCCCUGCCUCCUCUUGAGCUUUAUAAUAGGCCUGGGCAUAUGGGGAGUGACAUACAUCGAGCACAAGGACAUAGUCGUUGAGAAGGAGCGGGCGCGGACGCAGGCCGAGGAUGCAGCCAUGUGGUUGGAGCAGGAGCUGUCCAUUGCCAUCGCCCCUGUCCUGACGCUGUCGGCCAUGGUUGUGCACAGGCCACAGUACGCGGACGUGGUUGACACGUUCACAGGCCUGGCGCCAGCGCUGCUCAACUUCUCCAAGGUGGCCAGUGGCUGCAUCCGGGCGCUGCAGCUCAUUCCGCACGGUGUCAUCGACCUGGUGUACCCGGUGGCCGGCAACGUGGGGGCCAGGGGGUUGAACCUGCUCAACUCCUCAGCCACCAACCGCCAGGCGUUGCUGGGCGCGGUCCAAGACCGCACCAUUGCCGUCGCGGGGCCCCUGAAGAUCGCGCAGGGUGGCAUCGGCAUCGCAGUGCGCAUGCCCAUCUUCGUCCCGGACGUGGGCGCAAACGAGAACUUUGGCAUCCCUUUCUCCUGGAGCAACUGCGGUCCGCUGUGUGACUACGACAGCGCUAACCGCACGGCGUUGUGGGGCUUGGCCGCCGGGUUGAUUGACCUGGGCGCGAUCAUUCGCUCCAAUAACUCCAAGCUGCACAGCCUGUCAGACCUGGGCUACAGCUAUGAAGUGGAGGCGCGAGAUAGUGUGGGCCCGGAGGAUCUGCGCAUCGUGGCAAGAAGCGCCUCACGCCCCGUCAGUUCCGUGGAGGCCGGCAUCCACCUGCCCAAGGCCGUGUGGGUGGUGCGUGUGGCUCCCACACACGGCUGGGCCCGGCCCUGGUAUGCGCCUAUGCUGGCGGGAGUGGUGGUGCUGGCAGUGCUGGGGUCGGCCCUGCUGUUCAUAGUGCUGGUGUCCAGGCGCCGCCACCAGUUGCUGCUGGAGGCGUUACUGCCCAAGGAAAUGAUCCGCGACAUGAACGUGAACGAGGCGGCCUCGCUAGGCGCACGCAUCCAGCGGCCCGACACGCCCGCAGACCUGCUCAUGAAGAUGAUGGGCGAGCUGCUGCAGGGCCGAGUUCCCGACCUUCGCGAUGUGGUGUUCAUCCGCACAGCCCUGCUGCGCAACGCUGACGUGUACCAGCCGCUCAACCUGCGGGGCAGGCUCAAGGAAGCCAACUUCGACUCGGACGUGGUUCAGGCGCUGAUGCGGCAGUUGGGCGGCGGCGGCACACACGGCCCCGGCUCAGACCAGUACACGACCGGCGGCGGCGGCAGCAGCGAUGAGCCGCUGGGGAUGCUGGAUGUAGACUCGUGCGCACGCGUCGGCAUCCAGCUAGGUCCGGGCCGGUGCAGCGUGCUGGGGGACGACUGCGGCGGCAUGAGGUGGAGCAGCAACGGCGGCGGCGCCUACAGCCGUGGCUGGGCCGGGGCCUUUGCAAACUUUGGACGGGGCAGCGGGGCCGCAGCUGCAGCGGCGGCGGCGGCGGCGGCGCAGCCGCAGCCGCAAGCGAACUACGACACGCUGAGUGGAGCGCUGACACAGCUGCUGUCGCCACAGAUGAUGAUGCCGCCGCCGCCGGUGGCGGCGGCGGCCCCGGUCGACGCUCCCCUUGCGGCGGUGGCGGCGGCGAUGGAGCAGGAGCAGCAGCAGCCUCCAUCUCCCAUUGCACCGUCGCCGGCCAUCACGUUUUUGGGGCUCGCCGCCACCGCGGCAACAACAGCGGCACCCUCGUCGGUAGCACCCGGCGGCGGGCCGCUAGCUCUGCUGUCGCUGUCGCCUGCUGCCUUUACCACAACCCGCCUCUUCGGCACGCACUCGCAAUGGCCGCUCGACGAGUCCGUGCAUGAUGGCGGCAACAGCUUGAAGAGCCUCAGCGGCGCCGCCACCGUGGCUGCGGCCGCAGCCGGCGGCGGCACGUACCCUUCCGGGUCAUUUGCCACGGGCGGCGGCCAUGCUGCCUCCUUUGCUAACUCUCCUGGCGGCAGCGGCGCUGUCGGCAGCGGCGGCGGCGGCAGCGGCGGCGGCAACCUGAGGGCAUUGGCGGCGGAGCGUGAGCGAGGCGGCGGCGGCGACGCCGCUAACUCUACCGCUGCUGGCGGCGGCGCCGCCGGCAGCAGCAGGGUGGCAGGUAGCGCCAUGAGUAUGUUGGCGCGCGUGGCCUCGGCGGCGAUUCCACAUUUUGGCUUCCGCGACCGCGACCGCGACCGUGACGGCGGCGGCGGCGGCGGCGGCGGCGGCGGCGGCCACCAACUUCACGGCCGCAGCGCUACCGCCGGCUCUGUGCUAGAGGUCCUGUCAGCGAGUAACAUGUGCCUGGAGGGCGGCGGCGGCGGACUGGAUGAAACCACCGGCGGGCGCACCGGCGGCAUUACUAAUGGCGGCGGCGGCGGGCGCAGCACUAAGGCGGCGGCGGGCGCUAGCGGCGCGAUGACGAGUGGGCAGCUGCCGAUGCUGCUGCUGCCGCCGCCGGCUGCUGGGACGGUGCCUGACGGGCUGCUGGGCGGCGGCGCCACCGUCGCCGGCGGUGCCGCCAGCGGCGCCUUUAGCCGUCACAUGUCCCGAGAUGGCCACGCCGUUGGCGCUGGCGGCGGUGGAGGGGCCACACGGCGGCUGUCAGGGCUGCUGACGGGGGGCGGCGCCGGCCCUGGCGGCGUCGCCCCCGGUAGCGGCAACCUGCGCCUGCAGGGCUUGACUGCUGCUGGCAGUGGCAGCCUCAGCCCGGUGGCGGCGCAUGUGGCGGCGGCGAGCGGCGGGAGGCCCGGGUCGGCGGCGCAGCACACAGCAGUCGCGCUAUCGCCGGCGGUGCUGAACGCGCCGCCACCGGUGCCCGCGCCGCCGCCACCAAUUAUUGAGGAGGUGGAGCAGGUUCUGGCGGGUGUGGACAGCUGGACAUUUGACGCAUGGAAGCUGGCGGAAGUGACGCAGGGGCAUGCGCUGUCGGCUCUGGCCUUCUACCUGAUGCACCGCGAGGGGCUCAUCGCCAAGUUCCAGAUCAAGCCCGCCGUGCUGGCGCGACUGCUGCGCGCACUGGAGGCUGGCUACCAGCCCAACCCCUACCACAACGCCACACACGCGGCGGACGUGCUGCAGACGCUGCACGUGGUCAUUCACGGGGCCGGACUGCAUGUGCACUACCUGGAUCGACUGGGUCUGUUGGCGGCCUACUUUGCGGCGAUCGUGCACGACCACAACCACCCUGGCCUCACCAACGACUUCCUCAUCACCACAAAUGACAUGCUGGCCAUCCGUUACAACGACAAGAGCCCGCUGGAGAACCACCACACCGCCUCCUGCUUCGGCCUCAUGGCGCUACAGCCGGAGCUCGAUGCUCUGGCGCCUCUGUCGCAGACGGAGAAGUCCGGGUUCCGCAAACAAGUCAUUGAGAUGGUGAUGGGCACUGACAUGAAGCAGCAUUUCGGAAUCAUGGCGCAUUUCAACACCGUGCAUCGGCUGGCGAGCUACAGCGCGCAGCAGGCGGCGCAGCAGGUGGCGACAGCCGCCGCCGCCGCACGCCGCACGGGAGGGGGCAUGGCGACCACGAGCGCAAGCGGCGCAGCUGCAGGAGGCCGCAGCAGCGGCGGCGGCGGCAGCAAGGGCGGCUGCAGCCCUGGCGACUCCCUGCAGCUGGUGUGCAGCGAGACAGCACCGAAGCCACUGGAUGACAAGGAGCGAAUGCUGAGCCUGCAGAUCGCUCUCAAGGUUGCGGACAUCGGCCACCUGGGCGAGUCGCUGGCUGUGCACAAGCGCUGGCUGGCUGGGCUGGAGGAGGAGUUCUUCAACCAGGGCGAUCGGGAGCGAGAUUUGGGCAUUCCCAUAAGCCCCCUGUUCGACCGCGCCAAGCAGGGCGUCAGCAAGAGCCAAGUGGGCUUUUACGACUUUGUGGGGCUGCCGCUUGUGCACGCAAUGGCCGGCGCCUUCCCUGGAGCCAAGCCGCUCAAGGCGUGCUUCGAGCGCAACUACGAGCACUGGAAGGUGGUGGAGGCUCAACAACAGGCGUCGAAGAAAGCCGACACCCCGGGCGCAGGCGGCGGCGGUGGCGGCGGCGCAGCCGCGCAGCAGGCGGCCCCGCCCCCGCAGCCCCCGCAGCAGCUGCCGGCACCAGGUCCGGCCAGCGGCGGCGCGGGUGGCGUUGCUGCUGGCGGCAGCGGCCCGUCAGCAGCAGCAGCAGCAGCAGCAGCAGCUGCCUCCGUGAUGCCGGCGAGUGCCCGAGCGGCAGCGGCAUUGGGUUCUGCUGGGCCUGCGAACGGCACCGCCGCAGCCGCAGCAGGCGUGCCCGUGCCAGCGGGCCCUACGGCCGCGGCGCCAGCAACGGCAGCAGUAGCAGCACCAGUGGCGGCGGUGGCGGCGGCGGCGGCUCAGCCUGCACCGAGGAAACAGCAGUCGCGCUCACGGCUGGCAGUAGCUGCCACGGCUGCUACUGCUGCUACUGCCGCGGGGGCUCCACCCACGGGUCCGUAGCGCUCCAAUCUAGUUAUACCUACAUGUGGAGUGCGGGAGGUAUUGAAUCAUUGUGCGUGCCUGCCUGCAGCCGCUCACGCCAGCCAAGGCUUGCGUAGCUAGCGAGGGGUGAGCAGCAGCAGCAGUAGCAGCAGCAGCAGCAGUAGCAGCAGCAGCACACCAGCAGCAGCAGCGGCACAACGGCCGCAUGGCAUCUGCACGUGGUUGCUACAGCCGUUGCGUGUGCACGUGCACGUGCUCGUGCGCCUGCUGUGCCGCCGGCUGGCAGCACCAGCAGGCGGUCCAUAUGCAUGUUGGCAUCGACCACAGCAGCGCGUGCUGCAUGGCGGGGGCGGGAUGAGGCGUGCUGUAUCAUUACCCAAGCUCGGGGGGCCUGAGUUGCAGGGCCAUGUGCACGUGCACGUUUUGUCGUAACAAUUCUUUCAGCAGAACUGAUCGGUGCAUUGUUACCUGUGCCCGGGAUCUGGAAACUGCGCGCAUGCAGGCUGUGUGCGCAGACUUCUUAAUUGGUAGCCUCGGUUCAUUUGCACGCUCGCUAUUACUGAUGGCUUACAAUGACGCGUCGCCUUCUCUGUCGCCGUUGUGCAGCAGCGCGGACGUACUUGGGUACAUGAUGGGGAAUUGAUUGGACGGGGUUCCUUUCUGACGACACACAAACGGAGAUUCGUUGGCUUACAGCCCAAGUGUUCACUUUGAACUUGCGACAUUUGCGGGGGCUGCUCCUGCUAGCGGGCAGCCACUUAUUACUGAUUGGUGUUGAGCAGCCGGCAAAGCGGCUCAAACAUUGCAAGGCUUGCCGGCCGCACCGAGGCCGCACUGUUUUUCAUACAAGCAGCUGGCCAUCCGUUGAGCAUCACUGUUUGUUCAUGUGCUGGCCUCGCUUAUAUGGCCCUGUUUGUUCACGCUCGCUUAUGCACUGGAUCAUGGGCCUCUUCUUGAGUUUGUGUGUGUGUGUUAAAGAGCACAAGGAAAACGUUGCGCAAAGACAGUGUAUGCGAUGCAGUGUGUGUGUGUGUGUGUGUGUGUGUGUGUGUGUGUGUGUGUGUGUGUGUGUGUGUGUGUGUGUGUGUACGAGACUGCUUGUGCCUGCACGUGCGUGUGCGUGGAUCCCGUGUGUGUCUGCCGCGGUGGGUGGGCGUGGUCACCGGCGUCCACCGCAUCUUCGUGUAAGAUACUAUAAUCGGUGAGGAGUGGUUGCCUCGUGGGCACUGUGGACGUGCGCGCGUACGUGGGAUCAUCAUCGUUUUUCAUCCUAUCACGCGCGUGUGCUUGCCACAGGAAGCAAGCAGCGGAGGGCGAAGAAACUAUGUGUCACGGCUCGUGUGUGUUUGCUUGCUACUGUUGCCUGGGGGCGGCUUCGGUUGAUUGGCCAGCCUGCCGCCUGCUGCUCUUAGCGCCUGCUGGAAGCAUUUGGAAACCAGGCAGGGCGCGCUGUAUCAAGAACGUCAUGAGGAACGGGCAUGAAGCACGAGUGGCCAUUAUUCUUGCAAAGCUACUGAACAUGAAUGCAUGGACGAGGGUCAUCUGGCAGUGUUCACGUGUGCCGCACUCGUGCCACACUGCAGGUAUUCGUAUGAUGUGAUUUCCAGCCCUGUUGCUUGUAGUAAUACUCCCUGAUACCUGACUUGAUAUGGCCGUGCGUGCGUGAAACAUGGCCGUGCGCGAAUGUGGGUUUAAUCAUUGAUUGCCGCGGCGUGGGUUAGGUCUGCGGAGUCUGCGGUAUGUACCGCACCGCAGGUGUGGUGGACAGGGAUUUGUCGAAUAGAAGGCGGGCGUAGGGUUAACGGUGAAGCGGCAGGGGGCGGUGGCAGAUGCAGGAAAGAAGCCAGGAAUGGAUGGGAUGAUCAGUACUUGGAUAUGAUAUUAUGUAUCGGACCGUAUCAAGCUUGCAGCUACUGUGAGUGGGUUUUAUUAUUACAGCCAGGCCCUGGGGGUUGGCGGGAGGGAGAGAGAGAUGCGAAGCUAGUGCGGACACGUGGGCGGUUUGGGCGGUUGUGCUACUGCUCGUGGAUGGAUGCAUAGCACUAUAGCAGGGCCGGAGAUGGUUCCCUCCUGACCUGGGUGCUGGGCACCCUUGCUUGGUCGGACUGUCCCUUCUUGUAAUGUCGCAUUCAU